AUGAUCAGGCUCUGGGACCAGCGUGCCCGCCCCUGGCGGCUUGUCCUCCGCUACCUGGCCGCCGCGUGCCUCGUCGCCUUGUGCAUUGCCUGUUUCGUGCUCCGACAGCACCACGCCCAGACAUGGCGCGCCCCCGCCUUGCGCGGCUCCAAGCAUCCCAUCCAGAGGCUCAUGGCCGAGGCAAAGGCCCGCUGCGACCGUCUCAUGUCGCGGCGCAGCCACGACGUCAAGGCGGCCGCCUCGCGAUAUCGCCAACGCCGAGGGCGCCACCCGCCCCCGGGCUUCGACCGCUGGUUCCAGGCUGCGCGCGACGCCGAUGCCGUCGUCGUCGAGGACUUCUUCGACCGCAUCUACAAGGAUUUGACGCCCUUUUGGGCUCUUGAUCCAGACACCACCCGCACCCGGGCCCAGGCCUGGCAUUUCGUCGUCAGGGUGCGCAACGGCAAGGCCCACGGCGUGGGAGAUGUCCAAGGCCACGUGCCCUGGCUGCAGCUGUGGACGGGUCUCGUCGAUGAGUUUGCCCAACACCUGCCCGACGUCGACAUGCCCAUCAACAUGCUCGACGAGCCGCGCAUCCUGGUCCCCUUCGACGACAUGGCCAAGCUGGUCAAGCGGGCGAACCAGCAGAGAUCCAUGGCCGAGGUGGCAGAGGUGACGGGCGAGUUCAGGGGACUCGGAGACGUCGACGACCGCAAGCCCGAAGCCUACGAGCCGCAGUGGCACGGGCCCAGCAGCUCGUACUGGGAUCUGGCUGUCAAGACGUGCGGUGUCCACACGCCCGCGUACGCCGUCGCGCAGAUCGACGACUUCUCCUCGCCUGCCGAGAUGCCUGGUGACUGGACGCCCGGCUACGCUUUCGACGGCUUUGUGCGAAAUUGGACGGCCGCCAUGGACCCCUGCCUGCAGCCACAUCUCCGCCAGCUGCACGGCACCUUUAUCGAGCCCAUUAGCCUGUCGUCGACCGAGGAGCUUGUUCCCUUGUUUGGAGGAUCCAAGCUUCCCAUGAACAACGAGAUCCUCAUCCCGGGAGCCAUGUACUUGACCGACGACGCCUUCUACUCAGGCGGGGACUCUCACGGGCCCCCGUGGCAUCGCAAAAAGGACGGGCUGAUUUGGCGGGGCGACGCCUCUGGUGGCCGGGCCAGGGAGCACAGCUGGCAUCACUUUCAGCGGCACCGCCUCGUCGACAUGCUCAACGGCACCACCGUCUCCCGAGUCGAGGCCUCGGGCGUCCGCGCGUCGGCCUUUGCGUUGCCUUCGCAGGUCGUGCACCACAGCCGGCGCCAGAAGCCCGGCGAGCUCGGCGCCUGGCUCAAGGACUUUGCAGACGCCGCCUUUGUUCACCUCUGCCCCCCCGGCGAGUGUGACUUUCUCGCGUCCCGCUUCCGCAUCGCGGAGCAGAUGCCCAUGCAGGCCCAGUACGAAUACAAAUUCCUCCCCGACGCCGACGGCAACUCCUUCAGCGCCCGCUUCCGCGGCUUCCUCCGCUCCACCAGCCUGCCCCUCAAGGCCACCAUAUACGCCGAGUGGCACGACGACCGCCUCGUCCCCUGGGCGCACUUUGUGCCCCUCGACAACACCUUCCGCGACCUCUACCCCGUGCUCGACUUCUUUGCCGACGGCGACGGCCGGCCCGGCGACGCCGCGGCGGCGUCCAUUGCCCAGACCGGUCGCCAGUGGGCCGAACAGGUGCUCCGCAGAGAGGACAUGCGCCUCUAUGUCUGGCGCCUGCUGCUCGAGUGGGCGAGGGUGUGCGACGACAACAGGCAUCGUCUGGGCUUUGUCGGGGACCUCACUCCUUGA